UUGGUUUCUUCACUGCAUGUAGAUCAGCUUUCAUUCUCAACUUGACAUCUGAACACGACAGAUUACAAUAAAGGAAGGAUGUUUAAUCUUUUCUCUCGGAUCUUUCUGCUUGUGGUUCCCGGCAUUUGUGGCCAAAGUUGGAAUGUGAAGUACACAAAUAUUAAUCAAUGUGCUCUGAAGGGAUCUACAACUCUUCUAACAGGCAGUUAUACACACCCAAAUAGUCUCACUGUGACAAAGACAUUAUGGACCAUAAAUCUAGUUCAUGGCAAAGACAACACUGAUUUGAUUGAUGAUCCACAUUACAAUGGCAGGAUUGAGUACUUCCACAAUAAAGAAAUGUUCUCUCUCAAACUGAGUAACGUAACAGAUCAGGAUGAAAGUAUGUACUGCAUCAAAAUCAUAACAAAUGUGGAAAAGGAAAAAUGGCUGGGUUAUCCUGGUAUUGACCUCAAAGUGACCGAUCUCAGAGUGGAGAUUCCUCAAGAGGUCAUAGAGGGAAAUUCAACAGUUUUAGUUUGUAAAACCACCUGCAACCUCAGGAACGGUGUUAAAUAUACCUGGUACAAGAACAGCAAACCUUUCUCAGGAUCUCUCAGUACAAAUAAACUCUUGUUGAAGUCAGUCAGCAGUGAUGAUACAGGAAACUACAGCUGUGCAGUGACACAACCUGAACAUCUCCCAUCUCCUGCACUCACUCUCACUGUCAGAUAUCCUCCAAAGAAAGUCUCAGUGUCCAUGAGUGGAUCUGGUGAAAUAGUUUUGGGUGAUUCAGUGACUCUGACCUGCAGCAGUGAUUCAAACCCACCUGUUCUGAACUACACCUGGUUUAAGGUGAAUGAAAGUUCAUCUGUUGGAUCGGGACAGAGUUACAGUGCACGAGAGAGUGGAUUCUUCUACUGUGUGGCUCAGAAUCAAUAUGGAUCUCAGAGAUCAGCUGCUCUAUCAGUCUCUGUUGCAGAAGGAAAAAUCCCAGUUUUGAUAUUAGUCAUUUCAGCGGCGUUUCUUACUUCUGUGAUACUGAUGGUUGGCAUCGCGCUGCUUAUAAGGAGGAAAAGAGUUUCUCCAUCAGAAGAGCAAAACAACAGAGGAUUACAACACAAAACAAAGGUCGAGUCUCCUGAGGGAACCUACAUGACCCUUGACCCCAUGUCCAGAUGCUCAGAUUAUGACACACUGCAUAACGUGAAGAGAUCCUGCAAUAACACAGACGACACUGAAUCUAAGGAUCCGACAUAUUAUAACACAGAUGAUUAAAUAUGUUAUGUAGCACGGAUCUAUUAGGUCUUAAUAAAUCUAUAAAUUAGUUAUUACUCAACACAACAGAAAUGUAAUGACAUAAACUUUCCUCCAGAUGAUGUGUCAGGAUGUUGAGAAAUGAAUCCAGCAGAGGUGUGAAGUGAAGGCGCUGUCUGAGAUGCUGAAUACAAUCUUAAAUACAGUUGUUUAUUAAAACAUUUUUUACUUGUGAGACAAGCUCAUGCUGUAUACAAAAAAACGACUGCUUUAAUCUGUAUUUGAUGUAAUCUCUUUUUUUUUUCAACCCAAGGAAGCUAAACAUUACUUACACUUAAUUCAAUUCAAAUAUAAUUCCCCACAAACUCUAUUGCUAUUUGUUUUAUAUUCUGAAUUAGGACAUUUCUAAGAUUUUCUUAAUGAGGAAAUGUUGAUGACCGUUUACUUGCAUAAGACAAAUAGAAAAUGUGAUAGACAGAAGCCACAUUUCCGAAAUAUUGCUUGUUGCUCACAACUCUUACAACAUUGGUAUAAGCACUUUGUUAAAUUGGUAUAUAACAUUGGUAUAAGCACUUUGUUAAAUUGGUAUAUAACAUUGGUAUAAGCACUUUGUUAAAUUGGUAUACAACAUUGGUAU